AUGGGUAACGUUCGGCGAACAUUCGAUAUCCUCGACGACGACGACGAAGUCGUUCGAAAUGACCUCGUCAAGCAUGGCAACGACGACGACCAGAGCGACAUGGCGCGAAUGGGCAAGAUCCAAGAGAUGCGACGAAACUUCAACUCACUCACCGUGUUUGGCUUCAGCGCCAUUAUGAUGUGCUCGUGGGAAUCUCUUCUAAGUACUGCGUCCAUCGCACUCGCCAACGGGGGAUAUGCAGGUUUGAUCUACACCUGGUUGAUCGCCUGGCUUGGCUUCGUUGCUGUGUAUGCUUCAAUGGCAGAGAUGGCCUCCAUGGCGCCUACCACAGGAGGUCAAUACCACUGGGUCAGCGAAUUCGCACCCGCGAGAUAUCAAGGCUUCCUCAGCUUCACCGUUGGCUGGUUGGGAGUCAUGGUACUCAACUACGACUCUUACGUUUUUGAACGUUGGCACGGCACGCUUUUGGUUAUCCUUGUUAUUCUUUUCUCGGCCGCAUUCAACACUCUGCUCGCGACACGCCUUCACCUCGUCGAGGGAACCAUUCUCAUUGUCCACGUGUUCGGCUUCUUUUGCAUCCUGGUGCCGCUGUGGGUUCUCUCGCCGAGAACGUCUUCGAGAGAGGUGUGGACGACAUUCCACGACCCUGGCUGGGGCAGCACUGGGCUCUCGACCUUGAUUGGUAUCGUUGCCAGCGUUUUACCGCUGCUUGGCGCCGAUGCUUCUGUGCACAUGGCGGAAGAGGUUCAAGACGCAGCUCGCACGUUGCCGAGGAGUAUGUUGUGGUCCAUAAACAUCAACGGGCUCAUGGGCUGGCUUACAGCAAUCACCUUUUGCUACUGCAUUGGUGACCUUGACACAGUUCUGAAAACACCCACGGGAUAUCCGUUUAUCCAGGUAUUCUACAACGCCACCCAGUCGCUUCCCGCAACCAAUGCCAUGGCGGCCAUCAUUAUCCUGAUGGCCACAUUCUCCUGUGUGACAAUUAUGGCCUCGGCUUCCAGACAAAUGUUCGCCUUCGCGCGCGAUGAGGGACUCCCAUUCUCCGCCUGGCUUUCACAGGUCCAUCCUAGCCUAGAUGUUCCUUUUAAUUCCGUCCUGGUGUCUGUGGCCAUCUCGCUGGACGCAAAGUCGAUGAAUUGGUCUUCGGUGAUAUUCACCGCGGUACUCGUGUGGAGUAUGUUGAGGAUAGCGGAGGACACAUAG